GACAAGCGGGUUACUUUUUUGUCAAACUGUCAUUUUCUGUGAAAUUGUGGGAAAGAUUCAGUUUUUUUAGCAAUUUACACACUAAAUUCUAGAGGAAUGACUAGUUCCUUUUCAGUGGAUAUUGUAUUUCUUGGGUUACAAUAGCAAAAUUGUUUUUUUCUAGUUCUAAGAUUGUUUACCUUUACAAAAAUGUCGUUGUUUCGUAAGCCAAAAAAGAUUCAACGGCGCAUGUUUUGCGCUGACGACGACGAGGAUGGUGAACCGGAGCCGCCUCCGCCGCCGGUCAUCAGCCGUGAGAGAGAGAGGAAGGAAAACAAACCGGUUAAAACCAAGUCCCUUUUGAGUUUUGCUGAUGAAGAGGAAGAAGAUGCAGAAGUGUUCAAAGUGAAAAAGUCGUCUCAGAGCAAGCGUCUCGCUAAACGCAGGGAAAAGGAGAGACGCAAGGCUCCCGAUGGUGAUAAUAAUAAAUAUGACAAUAAUGUUAAUGAGGACGAAACGCCGAACAACUUAAACAGCCAGCCGCAGCCGAAAUCGAAAAAGAAAGUUACGUUAGAAGGUCUGAUUCUGUCCGGACGGGAGGCGUUAGCGGCGGACGGCGCCGGCGACGUGUCGGACAGCCCGGACGAAGAGGAGGAGGACUCGCGGGGCUUCCACAAGUACCGCGCGGAAACCGUCCGGGCGGCGCUGGCGGUCGCGCCCGGACACAUUCCGGACGCCGCGCUCAUCCACGCGGCGCGGAAGACCCGACAGCAGGCGCGGGAACUUGGUGACUUCGUGCCAGUUCCGUCGGAGGCUCUGCCCGGAUCGCGGCUCGUGCGUGACGACGGUUCUGGAGACGACGACGAAGACGGACGCAUUCAAGUCCGGGGGCUGGAUCUGCCUAGUGACAAGCCUAAACGUGGUACAGCGGCCGCGCCCACCAACGAGGAGCUGGACAGCGAGGCCGAGGAGUGGGAGGAGCAGCAGAUGCAGAAGGCCAUGCCGGCUAUAUCGGAUAUCGCAGGAGACACGCUAGCGGAGCUUAACCCGUUCACGCUGGCGCCGCCACCGCCGCCGCCACCGCCGCCGCCACCGCAAGCGCCGCACUUGCGCCCGCUGCGCGCCGCCGCUCCGCCCGCUACCGCGCCGCAACUAUUGGCCGCGCUUACAGAAAGGCUCCAAGAGCUUCAAACGGACCGCUCGCGCACGGCUGCGAAGCGUGACGAGUGCCGCGAUAGGCUUGUUCACGCGAUACGCACGCGUGAAUCGCGCGGUGCACGCUGCGGGCAGCUGGAUGCGGCUUAUAGGCGUGCACAGGCGGCUAGAGGCUACCUUACUGACCUUAUUGAAUGCCUGGAUGAAAAGAUGCCAGAGCUGGAAGCGUUGGAGGCGCGCGCGUUAGCGCUGCAGCGGCGGCGCUGCGAGUUCGUGGUGGAGCGGCGCCGCGCCGACGUGCGCGACCAGGCGCAUGACGUCAUGGCGCUCACCGCGCGUCCAGGCACGACGCGGCCGCCGGAAUCUGAAGAAAAGCGGCGGCGCUGCGCCGAGCGCGAGGGACGCCGCCGGGCCCGGCGCCGCCGCCGCGAGGACCACGCCUCCGCCACCGGCACUCAGCCGGCGCACAGGGAUGGCGAUUCGAGCGACGACGAGUUGCCGCCUGCCGAACUCCACCACUAUGAGCGAGAGCGAGACGCGAUCAAGUCGGGCAGCGAGCAGCUAUUCGCGGACGCUUUGCCCGCGUGGCGCAGCGUUCGCGGCGUGUGCGCGCGCUUGGCUCGCUUCCGGCGCCGCGACCCUACGCUUUAUAGUGACGCUUACGUCGCCGCCUGCCUGCCGCGGCUGUUGGCGCCGUACGUGCGCCAUCAGCUCAUAUUAUGGAACCCGCUGGCGGACGAAGACAAUGAGGACUACGAGAAAAUGGACUGGUACAAAUGUCUCAUGAUGUAUGGCGUCCGGCCAGAGAAGCUGUCCAGUGGGUCGUCAGGCUCUGAAGAUGAGGUGGAGCCGCUGCCCCCGGUCACUGAGGAAACGGUCCGUGAUGACCCGGACCUUUUCCUCGUGCCGACCCUGGUCAACCGGGUCGUGCUACCUAAGUUAACCGAACUGAUCGAGCACGCCUGGGAUCCUAUGUGCGUGCGUGGCUGCGUGCGCCUACGCGCGCUUUUAGUGAAGUUCGCUGCGUUACCCGGCUCUCGAACUGCGCUGCAGCGACUUGCGGCAAGCGCGCGAGCUCGCCUCGCCUCGCACGUGGCCGCUGACGUCUUCCUACCGCCUGUCGUGGGCGAGGGCACCAGCGGCGCGUUCUGGCGGCGCUGCCUGGGCGCGGGCGUGCGCCUGCUGCGCGCCACGCUGGCGCUCACGGGCCCGCCCGCGCUGUUGCACGCAGACCCCGUCGUGCGCACGCUCGGCACCAGCGGCGCGUUCUGGCGGCGCUGCCUGGGCGCGGGCGUGCGCCUGCUGCGCGCCACGCUGGCGCUCACGGGCCCGCCCGCGCUGCUACACGCAGACCCCGUCGUGCGCACGCUCGUCGGUGAGUACACACAAUAUAGUUCUUGUAACUCCCGAAGGCGAGUGAACUUUAGUGCACGCUCAUCGGGCACCAGCGGCGCGUUCUGGCGGCGCUGCCUGGGCGCGGGCGUGCGCCUGCUGCGCGCCACGCUGGCGCUCACGGGCCCGCCCGCGCUGCUACACGCAGACCCCGUCGUGCGCACGCUCGUCGGUGAGUAA